CCCGGAGUUACCGCAGGAAUACAGUACAACUAAGGGAAUACAGGCUGCCUCUCUCCUCUGAACGUGGACAAUCAUGCAUGUGCUCUUCUGGGGCUUGGGGUUCCUACUAUUCCCUGAUUUCUUGAAUGUAGUCGCAUCAACGGGGAGAUUGCUUUUGAAUUCAAGCACAGUCAAAGAGGAGAUCGGCGCUUAUGAGAUUGUAACACCGGUGCGAGUGAAUGAAGCCGGUGACAAGUUUCCAACCAGUGUGCACUUCAAGAGGAAAAGGCGAAGUUUGGAUGAGGGCACCGGCAAUACCACGGAUCACUGGGCCUCGCCAAAUAUCCACUACAGGAUAUCUGCUUUCGGGCAAAACUAUCACCUCAACCUGACGCUGGAUUCGGGAUUCAUAGCACCUCUCUACACUGUGACAAUACUUGGAGUAGCCCGAGGAGAUAACGUAACGGAUUUUGCAGCAGAUGAGGAGGGAGAGGAGGAGGAGGAGGAGGACACGGAGUUAAGGCACUGCUUUUACAAAGGACAUGUAAACGCACAUGCAGAGCACGCCGCAGUCAUCAGUCUGUGCUCCGGACUGCUUGGCACUUUCAGGUCUCCAGAAGGGGAAUAUUUUGUGGAGCCCCUUCACAGCUAUCAAGGAGAACACUAUGAAGAGGAACACACAAAACCUCAUAUUGUGUACAGGAAAAGUGCACCCAAGAAACAGACAACUGAGGAGACAUCAGCUUGUGACACUUCAGGACACAAACACAGACAUAAGAGGCACAAGGUGAAGAGAAGGCCAGCAGCUGGGGUCACCACUGUGGCCAAAGCGGUCCCUGCAGUCAGCACUGGUAUAUUCGGUGACCUGGAGUCAUUGAGUGCAGGCCUGGCCAGCAAUGCUUUGCUCAGAUCACAGCGUGGCAGUGCUAGCGCUAGACCGUCAAAUGAUAGCAGCGGUGACUCAGGACCUCACAGGAGAUCAAAGCGCUUCCUCUCCUACCCGCGCUUUGUUGAAGUUAUGCUGGUGGCCGAUAGCAAAAUGGUGGAGCAUCACGGCAGCAACCUACAGCACUACAUACUCACAUUAAUGUCUAUAGUGUCUUCCAUAUACAAGGACCCCAGCAUUGGCAACCUGAUUAACAUUGUGAUUGUAAAGUUAGUUAUAAUAAACAAUGAGCUGGAUGGUCCAGUCAUUUCAUUUAAUGCACAGACCACUUUAAAGAACUUCUGCAUCUGGCAGCAGAGCCAGAACGUCUUGGAUGAUAACCACCACUCCCAUCACGACACUGCCAUCCUAAUCACCAGGCAGGACAUCUGUAGAGCGAGGGAUAAGUGUGACACCUUAGGACUUGCAGAGUUGGGGACAGUGUGUGAUCCCUAUAGGAGCUGCAGCAUCAGCGAGGACAAUGGACUCAGUACUGCAUUCACCAUUGCCCAUGAACUUGGACAUGUGUUCAAUAUGCCUCACGAUGACAGUAACAAGUGUAAGGAGGAUGGAGUUAAGAUUCAGCAACAUGUGAUGGCUCCCACACUUAAUUACAACACAAACCCUUGGAUGUGGUCCAAGUGUAGCAGGAAGUACAUCACAGAGUUCCUUGACACAGGAUAUGGUGAGUGCUUGCUUGACGAACCCGUUUCUAGACCGUACACUCUCUCGCAGCAGCUGCCUGGGCGGAUAUACAAUGUCAAUAAACAGUGUGAAUUGAUAUUUGGGCCGGGAACGCAGGUGUGCCCUUAUAUGACUCAGUGCCGAAGACUAUGGUGCACAAGCCCAGAGGGUGCCCAGCGGGGGUGCAGGACCCACCACAUGCCGUGGGCAGAUGGCACUGACUGCUCACCUGGAAAGCACUGCAAACAUGGGUUAUGUAUAGCCAAAGAGCACGAUGCCACACCUGUGGAGGGAGCAUGGGGAGUUUGGAGUCCUUUUGGCACCUGUUCGCGGACAUGCGGUGGAGGCAUAAAGAUUGCCAUGCGCGAAUGCAACCGACCCGUGCCCAGAAAUGGAGGAACUUAUUGUGUUGGUCGCCGGAUGAAGUUUCGCUCCUGCAACUCUGAGCCCUGCUCCAAACAGAAGAAGGACUUCAGGGAGGAACAAUGUGCUGCUUUUGACGGCAGGCACUUUAACAUCAACGGUCUACCUCCAAAUGUUCGCUGGGUGCCCAAAUACAGCGGAAUUCUGAUGAAGGACAGAUGUAAGCUGUUCUGCAGGGUUGCAGGCAGCACAGCCUACUAUCAGCUCAGGGACAGGGUCAUUGAUGGCACGCCAUGUGGACCCGAUACCAACGACAUCUGUGUCCAGGGCCUGUGCAGGCAAGCGGGCUGUGAUCAUGUACUGAACUCUAAAGCCAGGAGGGACAAGUGUGGCGUGUGUGGAGGUGAUAACUCUUCCUGCAAAACUGUAGCAGGCACCUUCAACAUUGUACGCUACGGCUAUAACGAAGUGGUAAGAAUACCAAGUGGUGCUACAAACAUAGAUGUGCGUCAACACAGUUACUCAGGGAAACCAGAGGAUGACAACUACCUCGCCAUAUCAAAUAGCCGUGGAGAGUUCCUGCUUAAUGGAGAGUUUGUGGUCAGCAUGUUCAAAAGGGAAAUCAAAGUAGGAAAUGCCAUCAUUGAGUACAGUGGUUCUGACCAUGUCAUUGAGAGGAUCAACUGUACUGACCGCAUAGAAGAGGAGAUCGUUGUCCAGGUGCUGUCUGUGGGGAACCUUUACAACCCAGAUGUCAGGUAUUCCUUUAACAUUCCCAUUGAGGAUAAGCCUCAACAGUUCUUCUGGGAUGCCUAUGGGCCCUGGCAGGAGUGUAGUCGUCUGUGCCAAGGAGAGCGCAAACGGAAGAUUCUCUGCAGCAGAGAAUCGGACAGGGUGGUGGUGUCAGACCAGAGGUGUCAUGGUACAGUUAGGCCUGCAGUCAUCACUGAGCCAUGCAACACCGAUUGUGAACUUAGAUGGCACGUGGCUCGUAAAAGUGAGUGCACAGCCCAGUGCGGCCUAGGAUAUCGUACCCUGGAAAUAUACUGCGCUAAAAUCAGCCGUGCAGAUGGCAAGACCCAGAAGGUUGAUGACCGCUACUGUAGCGGUCAGCGCAAACCUGAUGACAAGGAAGGCUGCCAUGGGGACUGUAAUCCUGGUGGCUGGGAGUACUCGCCCUGGUCAGAGUGCUCGAAGAGCUGUGGUGGGGGAACCCGCCGUCGAGGGGCAGUGUGUCGAAAGGCAGCUGAGGCUGGUGGUGAUGAGAGCAAAUGCAGUCAAAGGGACAAGCUGACCGUCCAACCCUGCAAUGAAUUCCUCUGUCCGCAAUGGAAGACUGGAGACUGGUCUGAGUGCCUCGUGACAUGCGGCAAAGGGUACAAGCAUCGUCAGACGUGGUGUCAGUUUGGUGAGGACCGUCUAGAUGAUCGCUUUUGUGGGUCCUCUAAACCUGAGUCAGUGCAGACGUGCCAACAGCAGGAGUGUGCCGCUUGGCAGGUUGGACCGUGGGGACAGUGCACUACCUCUUGUGGGCCAGGCUACCAGAUGCGAGCAGUGAAGUGUGUGGUUGGCUCUUAUGGUGCUGUCAUGGACGACACUGAAUGUAACGCAGCCACGCGACCCACUGACACCCAGGACUGUGAAAUAACCCAGUGUCCCAGCAGCCACCCUAUUCCCCCAGGGACCAAAGUCCCUUCCCACCAGGGCCACAAAACCCAAUGGCGAUUUGGUUCCUGGACCCAGUGUAGCGCCAGCUGUGGCAAAGGGACACGGAUGCGCUAUGUGAGUUGCCGUGACAACCAGGGCGGUGUGGCCGAAGAGUCGGCAUGUGCCCACCUACCAAAGCCCCCUUCCAGGGAAGUGUGCACAGUUGUGGCUUGUGGACAGUGGAAAGUGCUGGAAUGGACAGUGUGCUCAGUAACCUGUGGCCAGGGAAAGACAACACGACAAGUGCUGUGUGUCAACUUCAGCGACCAAGAAGUGAACGCCAGCGAGUGUGACCCAGACGAUCGUCCUGCCACAGAGCAGGACUGCGCUAUGUCUCAGUGCCCGUCCCGCUCCAGUGAUUCACGACCUCCGUCCUCACCAAACACCAGCACCAGGAACCUGCCACGUAGUCAAUCCCACCAAUGGCGGACUGGACCCUGGGGCGCGUGCUCCAGCACAUGUGCAGGAGGCUUCCAGCGGCGUGUAGUAGUGUGCCAGGAUGAGAACGGCUACCCUGCCAACAGCUGUGAGGAUCGCAGCCGACCCAGUGAGCAGAGAUCCUGCGAGUCGGGGCCGUGCCCACAGUGGGUCUACGGCAGCUGGGGAGAGUGCACUAAGCCAUGCGGAGGUGGGAUAAAGACGAGGCUGGUGGUGUGUCAGCGUCCAAACGGCGAGCGUUUCAAUGAUCUGAGCUGCGAGAUCCAUGACAAGCCCCCAGAUCGUGAGCAGUGCAAUACUCAGCCAUGCCCGUCUAGCCCCCACUGGAGCACAGACCCAUGGACCUCGUGCUCAGCCUCCUGUGGAAGAGGCUUCAAAUCCCGUAAAGUGGGCUGUGUGACCGGGUCAGGCCGUCCUGUCCCAGAGGAAUACUGCCAGCACGCGUCGUCCAAACCCAGCGAGCGGCGCCGCUGCAGAGGUGGACGAUGUCCUAAAUGGAAAACUGGCAACUGGGGAGAGUGUUCCGCGUCAUGUGGCGACGGCAUCCAGCAACGGGAGGUGUUCUGUCAGGUUGGAGACCGACGGAGCUCGCAGGAGACCGCCUGCCCCCAGCGCUCCCGGCCGGCGUCCAGUCAGAGCUGCCGGGUCGCCGACUGUCCCUCUCGCUACCGGUGGCAAGAGGAGGACUGGCAGCCGUGCAGUAAGUCGUGUGGAUCGGGCCACCGACAACGAGCCUUGAAGUGUGUGGACCACAACCGGCGGGAGGUCCACGCGAUGUACUGCGUGAACCAGAUCAGACCCCCAGAAAUAGAAAGCUGCAACACCCAUGCUUGUGAAUUCAUCUGGAUUACAGGGGAAUGGACUGAGUGCUCAGCCAGCUGUGGCCAGGGCUACCGCCAGCGUCUGAUCUCCUGCAGUGAGGUGCAUGUGGAGAAUGACAACUAUGAGUAUGGCCAUCAGUCAUUGUCCAGCUGCCCUGGGACUCCUCCUGAGAGCUACAUGCCUUGUAAUCUGGGCCCGUGCCCUCUGCUGCAGGAGUGGAGGGUUGGAAUCUGGGGAGCGUGUUCAGUGAGUUGUGGAGAUGGAGUGAUGAAGAGGACGGUGCAGUGCGUAUCAGCGGGUGGUCAGAAAAGCGAAGGCUGUUCUCCGGAUGUAAUGCCAGAAGCCAAAAAAGUCUGCAGAAAUCCAAGUUGCCGUUUGCCUUCUAGCUGUCAAGAGAUCCAGAUCAUGGAUGGCCCCAUGCCAGACAGUGAACAUUUUCUCAGUAUACAGGGCAAAAAACUCAAGGUCUUCUGUGCUGGAAUGCAGACAGAGACGCCGCAGGAGUACAUCACCUUGGCGACGGGCGACGGGGAGAAUUUUUCAGAGAUCUUUGGCUUCAGGCUCAAUGACCCCACCCAGUGUCCAGCCAAUGGCUCCAGAAGAGAAGACUGCGACUGUCGAAGAGACUACACUGCUGCCGGCAUCACCACCUUCUCCAAAGUCCGCCUGGACCUCAGCAACAUGCACAUCAUCACUACAGACUGGCAGUUUGCUUUCACCCGUCAAGGCAAGAGUGUUCCAUUCGGUACAGCUGGAGACUGCUACAGCGCAGUUCCGUGCCCGCAGGGCCGGUUUAAGAUCAACCUGUCAGGAACAGGGCUCAGGCUAGCUGAGGACGCCUCAUGGAUAUCCCAGGGCACCUUUGUAGUGAAAACUAUACAAAAAUCACAGGAUGGCAGCAGAGUGUCAGGAAUGUGUGGCGGCUACUGUGGUAAAUGUAUACCGUCCUCUGGUCACAGUCUGCCCGUAACCGUGGAAUAGACUUAAAGCCAUCAGACAGGUGCUCAUUGUGCGAACAUAUCCCUCCUCCUCGGUGCUACAGCCAACUUGGAGCUCAAACCAAUCCUUCAUACAACCUCCUUUUCUCCCAUGUGUUUAUAGUGUAAUUUAAAAUAGUGUAAAUACUGUAAAGAGAAUGACAAAAUGUAUUAUUUAUUGUACUUAUACUGUAAUGUAAUUUAAGGGUUUUGUUGUCAGAAGCAGCACACCAUGCAUGAGGCAAUAACACCCCAGAGUUGCCAUUUGUGAGAUUUUUGCCAGAAUAAUGUGCCUUCCAUUUUGGUGUUUGCCUAUUUAACUUUUUAGUAUUAUCGUUACUCCACAUUGAAUCUGUCACAGCCAUUUUUUAAAAAUUGUUGUUGUUGUUGUUGUUUUUAUAUUGAAGUUAUAUUUAAUCCAGUAAUGUUAUUGUGAUGCUCACAAUUCUCAUGCAGUGAGGUGUCUCCAAAUUGUCGGUCUUUUUUUUAUUUUUAUUUUUUAAACCUUUAUGGCCAUUAUGUGGACCACUGAACAGCUCCUUAAGAAAGUUUCUUCAUUUUCCUAUUUUUGUUUGAUGUGAUGAUCUCCUGCAGUAAGUUUGUAGAAAUGUCGCUGCCUCCCUGAGAUGUUGUGUUUGUUGCUGCUUCAUCUGUAUUUCUCCGCCUGUUAACUGUGAGUUCAGAUCAUCAACCAAGUGGACAGGAUAGAGGAGAGUGCAGCUUUGGAACUGAGUUACAUUCUCAUCAAAUGAUGGGUACCGGGAUCAGGUGCAGUGACCCUGGGGAUGAAAGUUCAGUUAAGGUAUAGGUUAUAACAAUCACUGAGCUAAAUGGACCAAACAUCAGUAAGAUUAAGAUUUCUCUGUGUUCCUGCAUAUCUCCAUUAGCUUUUAGCUUUUUACAAAACAGGCAGGUUAUCUUAUCUGGAGCAACUUGAAAGAAUUUCAAAAGAAAGCGAGAGAGAGAGAAAAAAGACUUCACCUCAGGCCAAUAAAAUUUUAGCAGUUGCUCCGGAAAUCCAUAUAAUGUGAUGGUCCAACCCUGGAGACACCUUUCAGACUGCUGAGCUCACAGGCCCUGCAGCUGCUGCUCGCAAACCAUUACCUCCUGUACCUCACAUUCUUUUCUUCCAUCUUUGUUUUUAAGAGCCUGUCCAGAGUGUGCAUACUCCUGCGCUCCUCUUUAGAUCAGUCUGACUUGUUGUUCUAUGUGAAGAUAUCAGGGUACUAAUUAUUUUGUGUGGUAUUUGUAUCUAUUAAGCCACUGUUAUGCAGUAUUGUGAGGUGAUUUUUUUUCAGAUCUUUGUGCAGAAUCAUUUAGAAAGUCUACAAGUCUGCUCUUUGUAUCCUGUGUAGUACAUUAGACAUCUACAUUUGAUUGAGAAGCCAUAUUCGUGUGUAUAAGCUGUUUUUUAAUGGUGCUAUUUCAGUGCCUUACGUAAAAAUGUGCACAUUCAGCCAAAGGGAAUUCAACGCGGUUUUAAAGCAAGUAUAAAAAACACAGAGAAGAAAACAUUUUGUGUCUUACUGAAAGUCACAGCUGACAGAUGUGCUUCUUGUUGCGAAUGUCAGAAUGUAGUUCUCAGGUGUCAUAAAAGAAGGGAUUAUUAUAUUUAAUUGUGUUUAUCUUUUGUUUUUGCAUACCUGCCACAUUUUUAUCAGGCAAAUGAAAGUAUAUUAUUGUCUUUACAUAUAAAAUAAAGAAUGUAUAAAUAUUUAUUUUAUCUUUUCUUUUGUGAAUGUACAUAAGCCUCGACCAUAGACGACUAUGAAUUGCCACACAGUGUUGCCAUAAAAUGAACCCAAAGCAUUUCUUCUUUUAUGAAUACAUUUAUUUAUGUAUGUCAUAUCUGCAUAAAUUGUAUAAGCAGAGUUUGGUGCUGCCACAUGAAAAGCAUGAUUUAUGUAUGUGACCAGAUGAAGCCAUGAUUGGUGGGUAAUAAA